GAUGAAGGAGAGGGAGGAGAAAGAGCCAAAGCAGGAAGGAAGGAAGGCAGGCGGAGUGAAGGAAAGAGAGGUAGGCUGUGAAUGCUAACAAGCCCGUGGUAAUCGUCCAUAGCUUCCCAAGCAUGUUGUAAUGGAGAGAAAAGACAAGCACCAUUAAGCUAGCUACUAUGCACGAGCACCUCGGUCUCCUCCGCGUGCAAGUGCCGCUGCCUUGCAGCCGUCCGCACGUUUGAUCCAGCGAGUUUAAAAAAAACAAACGUCUUUUCCCCCCGGCUGAGUGAAAUGUAUCGCGACUGUUCGGGAACUACACCGUGACAAUGGAGAUUGAAAAUAUCGUGGCCAACACGGUUCUCCUCAAAGCGAGAGAAGGUGGAGGAGGGAAGAGGAACGGUCGCAGCAAGAAAUGGAAGGAGAUGCUCAAACUACCCCACAUCAGCCAGUGUGAGGAGCUGCGUCGCAUUAUCGAAAGGGACUAUACGAGUCUAUGUGAGAAGCAGCCCAUUGGCCGGCUUCUAUUUCGUCAGUACUGUGAUACCAGGCCAGAGCUGAAGCGCUGCAUCGAAUUCAUGGAUGCUGUGGCCAUGUAUCAGCUAGCACCCGAUGAAAAGCGGAGACACUGCGGAUUGAAUGUUUUAGACACUUACUUCAAUAAUGGGUCGGCAGCCCAUUUGCCAGGCGUACCCCAAGAUGUGGUGGCGGGGUGCCGGGAGAGACUUGAACAGAGUCCUUGUAAAGAGCUCUUCAAUGACUGCACCAAAAUAGUUCGUGAUUAUCUAAGUGGCACACCAUUUUCCUCCUACCAGGAGUCCAUGUACUUCUCUCGCUUCCUGCAGUGGAAAUGGUUGGAGAGGCAACCAGUAACCAAAAAUACCUUCAGGCAUUACAGAGUACUAGGAAAAGGUGGAUUUGGCGAGGUUUGUGCCUGCCAAGUGCGCGCCACCGGUAAGAUGUACGCCUGUAAAAAGCUGGAAAAGAAACGAGUGAAGAAAAGAAAAGGUGAAGCAAUGGCUCUAAACGAAAAACGAAUUUUAGAAAAAGUUAACAGUAGUUUUGUAGUUAGUUUAGCAUAUGCCUAUGAGACCAAGGAUGCCCUGUGCCUGGUGUUGACCAUAAUGAAUGGUGGUGACUUAAAAUUCCACAUCUACAACAUGGGCAACUCUGGCUUUGAUGAGCAGAGGGCCAUCUUUUACGCUGCUGAGAUCUGCUGUGGCCUUGAGGACCUGCACCGUGAGAGAAUAGUCUACAGGGAUUUAAAACCUGAAAACAUCCUUUUGGAUGAUCGUGGGCACAUCCGCAUUUCAGACUUGGGUCUCGCCGUGCAAAUUCCUGAAGGAGAGACGAUACGAGGGAGAGUAGGCACUGUUGGAUACAUGGCUCCUGAGGUAAUCCAGAAUGAGAGUUACACUUUCAGUCCAGACUGGUGGGGUCUAGGCUGCCUUAUCUUUGAGAUGAUCCAAGGCCAGUCGCCCUUUCGCAAGCGCAAGGAACGUGUCAAGCGGGAGGAGGUGGACAGACGAGUGCGUGAGGAUCAGGAGGAGUACUCCGAUAAGUUCUCUGAAGAGGCAAAAGAUAUCUGCCGACAGCUGCUGGCUAAAGAUCCCAAGCAUCGCCUCGGUUGUCAGGGUCGAGGCGCCGUAGAGGUCAGGCAACACUCUAUCUUCAGAAACAUCAACUUCAAGCGAUUGGAGGCGAACAUGCUGGAACCUCCUUUCAGCCCCGAUCCUCGUGCUGUGUACUGCAAAGAUGUCCUGGACAUAGAGCAGUUUUCCACUGUCAAAGGUGUGAACCUUGACCCCACCGAUGACGACUUCUACCACAAGUUUGUCACAGGAAGUGUCUCCAUCCCGUGGCAAAAUGAGAUGAUUGAAAUGGAGUGCUUCAAAGAAAUCAAUGUCUAUGAGACUGAUGGGACGUUAUGUUCGGACCUGGACAUGAACCGGCCUAACCCUCCACCAAAGAGAGGUUUCUUCUACCGCCUGUUUAGAAGAGAGGCAAGUGCUAGUGCUCCGGCAACUCUCCGAGGGGGUGGGGGCUAAGGUCUGUUUUAAGAGCGGUUACAGUGACGACGAGUUUGAGGAGCCCUCGCGACUUUAAACCACUCCCCCCCCCCCCCAAAAAAAAAAAACCCCAACCCUCUCUACACCCUUCCCUCUUUGCCGCUGAUCUUCACCGUAAACCCCAGCCGAGUGCGAAUCUUAGGAACUCAGUGAAUGUUGACCUGUAUUUAUGAGCUGUAUUAAAAGUGUAUUAUAAUUAAAGAAAAAAAGUAUGAGUUUAAAGAUUUUGUACCUUUGUACUUGAAUUUAUGUCUAGAUGUAUAUUUUCACUAAAGGUUGUAUUGUACAAAAAGCCAUAAAAGUACCACUUGAAUGCAUACAUGACAUUUUCAUUUUAUUGUCUUCGGGAACGAAUAUGGAUAUUGUUUCUUUUGGGUAUUUUUUGUUUAUUUCCUUUUAAAGAAGCACAGUACAAGUUGUCUUAUCAAUGUAGCAUAAGGCUUUUUGUUUUGUUUUGUUUUUUUAAAGUCUGUAUGUUUAGCAUUGAUUUGGCCAAUGAGAUGUUUUUAGAACAUCGGAUCCACUUUAUCCCAAAUUAACUCCAUUGCCUCCUUAACCUUCAACGCUCAGGUACAUCUGAAUGAAUUCUGUCAAUUAUGGAGUACAAAUCUGUUCACAAUUACUGCGUUGUCGCUUAACAAUUUUACAGUACGUUAACAAAGUCCCUCCCACUCCUCUUGAUUGACGCUUAUACGUCUGGCCAACGUAUACCUCGUCCCAAGUUGUGCUGGUCUCGACAGCAUUGCAGUUCCAUGUGCCUGUUGCAACUUGUAUUGAGCAGAUAUGCACAAUAAUAUCAGAUAUCAGGCCUUGUUUCCCCCUCCGGAGCACAACUCUUCAAAAAAUAUCAUCUUUUAAUCCCCAAAGGAAAAGCUAUGGGGGAUUUCUUGAUCCUUGGCCAUCCGUCUGAUCUUUUUCAUUCUAAUCGUUCUCACACAACUCUCCCUUUGUAUUGCUGCCCUGGUGAAUUCAUCUUGGAGACCUAGAAUAAUGAGGAAUGAUGUCAUAAGAUGAAAAAUCUGUCCUGCAUCUGAUAAUUACUCCAUUAGUUCUUAGCCACUGUAGAGUUUCUGUGCAGUAGAUUAUAAAUAGUUGGCCACAUAUUUCACCAGUAGAGAAUAUGCAGCUAUAUGCGGUGAUUUAGGAUGUGUUUAUGCUAGAUGAAGAGAACUCUGUUGUUAUAGUGCGCACUGUUUACGCUUCCAUGUACAGUAAGUAGUAUGUUCUCUAUUAGAAAUGACUGGGGUGCUUUCUUGUAUGGAUAAAGGCAGAGAAUGCAGGAUUUGAAUCCCCUUCUAGUUCCAACAAAAUUGAGUUUAGAGAUUUUUCUGAUUUUCUUGCAUUUAGGACUCAAUUUUGGAUUUAUGUGGUUGCUCCCAAAAAGUACUUGACGUUUAGAGAUGCCAUACGAAGUGGUCGAUGUAAUUUCCAAUCAUCCGUUUUUAAUUCUAAGAAUACUCCGUUUUUACUCAUUAGCUCACUGUGGACAUUGUGUCAUAUAAAAAUACUGCUUUUCCCUUCAAUGCAUUCUAGCAAUUUUGAUUUAAAUUAAUAAGGAACUUCAGACGUUUUAGGUUUAUGUUUCUGCAGUUUUUUCCCCCCCAUUUCUCAUCAAUUUGCUAAAAAUCAAUUGUCUGCAUUUUCUUUUCCUGAAAUUUAAGUUAACAAUAAUGGAAAUACUUUAUUUGUAUGUGCACAGAAUUUCACAAAUGUCAUAGAUGACUGCGUGUGUGCAUAUAUGAACCCCUCCCAGUUUGGUUUUCUUUUUCUCUAAAAAAAAAAAAAAAAAAGUCCGCCAUUGCACAUUCCAUAAUGACCAUUGAAACGUGCCAUGUAUUUGUUGCUGUCUUGAGUCGUUUUGUUUGUCUUUGUUGCACUCAGGCAUGCUCUCAAGCUGACUUUCUUGCCUUUGUAGAUUUUAGCCUUUUUAGUACUUCUAGCCUCAAAAACUUUGUGCAUUUAGAAUAAAGCUGUAAAACUCACUUGCUCUCAUACAAAAACUAAUGGCUGCACCUACAGUAUUCACCUGUCAGGUCAGUAAUUAUUCCUCCAUCAAACAUUCAUUGCACUAGGAUGUGUUUGUGUUUUUUGGGUAGAUUAUAUCCCAAAAAUAAUUAAAUAUGGUAUUAUCUGAAAAAGAUUAAAGGAGGACCAAGUGUCUUCAUAGUAUGUGCCAAUUGCGAGAAAUACAUUUGUGACAUAAGACCUUUUUUACACUUCUCAUGCUUCCGUCCGUCCAUUCUGAGAUCAAUUCCUUCACGUAGAGAAACUUUAAACUGCUCAAAGGUUUUGAAUGUCCGCACUAAGUGCAUUGUAAUGCCUGUUUGAACGAAAUACAUACGUUUUAUUACGCAAGCAUGUAUUGUAAAUGAUGACAUUUUAGUGCCAACAUAUCUUUGAUAUUCGAGGGCAGUUUAAAAUGACAAGGUGACCUGUAGAGAUGGCCUUGUUUGAAUAUGUUGAAUGCAUUCCUUCUCAGAUUGGAUUUAGCCGUUCCAAAUGGGGGUCAGCCUCAGCAGUAACACCUGAGCAAGAGAGCCUCAAUUCCUUGAUUUUGCUCGGGUCUAGUCAAUAUAAACCAGGAGAACCACUUGGGGAUUCUCAUUCUGUCUAGAUGUGUGUGCAAAGGUAUUUCAAGGAAAGCUUUACUUGUAUUCCAACAGGGCCUGGGACUUUUUUGAUUAUUGUUUCCCCCCCCCCUCUCCUUUUCCCCCUUUUGUACCUGUACAGUCAUGUUGUUCAACCACUGCAGUCAUUGUUAAUUCUUGUACAAGUUGUAUCACUGGUUGUUGUACCAUAUCUUACAUUUGUAAUUAUGAAACAAUACACUGCCAUUUGUAUAAAAUUCA